UAUAUAUAUAUAUAUAGAGGAAAAUGGCCGAUUGCUCAUUUGCCCGAUGCCAGCAGGAGCGCCGGCUCAUCAAGCGCGAGCUAAUGAAGUGGUCCAAGGAUAUGCUGCACAUUGUGGGCUUAGAACGCGUCGCUGAAGAAUUCAUGGGUCGCAGGAAAUGGAAACAUUAUCAAGAGCAAUUGACGCGCAACCAAUUGAAUAUCGCAGAGCAACAGCCCAUAUCAAUAAUAACGAGCGAAGAAACAGAAGACAACAGCGAGUACAAGGAGAGCCACUGCAAGCCACUGAGCCAACGCUUAGAGCAGUCCAACGGCCGGCCAAUCAGCAACUGCAACAGCAACAGCAACACCAACAACGGCUUGUUGCAAUUUGAAGGCGAUUUUGACAAGAACCACAAUACAUCACACGAGGAACGCGACUCAAGUGCAACAUCACGUAGCUCCGUCUCACCAACUCCACCGCCAGAACCCAACGAUUGGACACCGUCUGAUAAGUGCAAUUUCUGUGUUAACGGUCGCUUGCUAACGGUUAACGCCAAAGGCGAAUUGGUGGCCGAAACAACGGCCAGCAGCAGCAGCAACUACAACAACAACAACAACAGUACAGCUGUGCAUCAGCACGACAGCGACAGCAACUCGAGCGCAUCGCUGCACAAUAGCAGCACAAAUAGCAAGUGUAGAGCACGCAACAACAACAACAACAACAACAUAGCCACAACGUCAUCGCCCACAAGUUCCAUAGAACUAUACAAGCUGCUCACCCAGCAAACAGCCAAGAUGACAUCAAUGGAAUCAAUGGCCGCCAAGCUGGCCCAAUUCACCAUGAUGGCCGAUAUCAAUUUGAUGAACACGCUGGCCAGUCAACAACAUGCCAACUCCGUAACACCAACUACCUCGGAAGUAGCUGCCGCUGCCGCUGCCGUACCAAGUCCCACACUCAAGGAUGCAAUACAUAGUCCACACAAUGCCGAUGCGCCGCUGGACCUAAGCAGCAAGCCCUCGCCAAACUCAUCGAUCAGCGGUGAUAUCAAGACAGCCAGAGCUCUGUCGGAGUGUGGCACGCCUCUUGGCGCCGCCGGGCGGCAAGCGUACAGCAACGAGGAUCUGAAUAGCGCGCUGCAGGAUGUGCUGGCCAACAAGCUGGGCACACGCAAGGCGCCCAGUCAGUAUCAUGUGCAGCGCACGACGCUGCGCAACAAACUGUGCAAAAUGUCACUCGAUGGCAAACGCGCGACGCCCGAUCUACAGCAACAGCAGCAGCAGCAACAGCAACAUCAGCAACUGUUGCAGCACGAGCUGGAGCUGGACGAGCAGGAGGAGUCCGGCGACGAGGCUGGCGAUGGCGACAGCAAUGCGUCUGGCUAUCAGGAGCUGGCGCAGCGCAUGGCCGUCAACGAGCAUCUCCGCAAGCUGGGCGACAUGUCCGAACACAAUGGCAGCGACCUGGGCGACGAGCACGAAUCGGUCAUGUCACCGAAGCAGACGCAUUCGCAGGGCGCCGGCACGCCCACUGGUCAUAUGCCGGGCGCUGCAGCUGGCGGCAAUGUGGGCGCCGGCGCUGCGGGCGGCCUGCCCGUCACCAUAGACACGAGCGUCCUGCUGCAUACGUUGAUGCUGGCAGCGGGCAUUGGGGUGAUGCCCAAGCUGGAUGAGACGCAGACGUUGGGCGAUCUGUUCAAGACGCUGCUGAUGGCUAGCAGUGGCGGCAUGCUGGGCCAGGAGAGCAAUGGCAGUGCCACACUCCUGCAGCAGCAGCAGCAGCAGCACCAGCAGCAGCAGCAACAGCAGCAACUCAAUGCAGUUGCUGCCUUUCGUCGUCAUCUACCAAAGUCUGAAACGCCGGAGACUAGCUCCUCGCUGGAUGCCAAUGAGGCGUGCGAGGAUCCUAUACUGAAGAUUCCGUCCUUCAAGGUCAGUGGCGCAACCAGCGUCUCGCCCACCAACAGCAACAAUAUCAACCCCAACACCAACAACAACAACAACAACAACAAUAGCAGCAGCAACAGCAGCAACAACAACAACUCAAACAGCAAUCGCAAUGGCGAUCACAGUCCACACUCCGCCUCGCCAAUGCUGGCAGCAGCUGUUGCCGUUGCAGCCGCCAGCAACAGCUAUCGCAACAGCAACAGCAGCAGCAGCAGCAACAAUCUAUUGUCGCCAACAGCAACAUCCAUACAAAAGAUGAUGGCCAACACCAUACAGCGCAAGAUCAACGAGCAGAGCAACCAGGACAGUCUCUUGGGCCUGGACAAGCGCAACAAUGGCAACACCAGCGGCAGCGAAUGCAGCAGCAGCGGCGGCGGCGGCGGCGGAGGUGGCGGUGGCAGCGGCAACACCAGCAGAAAGCCCAGCAUAUCGGUGGCCAAAAUAAUUGGCGGCACGGAUACCUCGCGCUUUGGCGCCUCGCCCAAUCUGCUGGCCCAGCAGCACCACAGCCAUCUGAGCGCACAUCAUCAUGCACAUGCGCACACGCAUCCGCAUGCGCACCAUCAGCAGCAGCAGCAGCAGCAGCUGAGCGCACAGGAUGCUGCGGCGCUGGCUGCUGGCAAGGGCACACGACCGAAGCGCGGUAAGUACCGCAACUAUGACAGAGACAGCCUGGUCGAGGCCGUCAAGGCCGUGCAGCGCGGCGAGAUGUCGGUGCAUCGUGCCGGCAGCUAUUACGGCGUGCCGCACUCAACGCUGGAGUACAAGGUGAAGGAGCGACAUUUGAUGCGGCCGCGCAAACGUGAGCCAAAGCCGCAGCCGGAUCUGGUGGGGCUGACGGGGGCUGCGAAUAAGGUGAAUGCCAAUCUGGUUGGGCUCAAUCAUCUGGACAAGCUGAAGGCGGGCAGCAACAGCAGCAGCAACAGCAACAGCAACAACAACAGCAGCAAUGUCGGCUCCAAGCUGAGCAACGCUUUGAAGAACAACAGCAGCGCCGCGAGUGCCGCCGCCGCUGGCACGCCCAAUGGCUUGAAGCUGCCCAUAUUCGAUGGUGGCCCACAGUUGCCCUUCCAGCCGGCGAUGUUCUGGGCCCAGCCGAACACCGGCGGCAACUAUGGCCUCGACUUAAAUCGCAAUAACGAAUUUCUGAACAACCAUCUGGCCGAGGUGAUACGCGGCAGCCCGCUGGGCGUUGCGGCCAACCUGAACCAUGGCCACGUGCCCAGCGUGCAUAUGAAGAGCGCCCUCGAGUAUGCCGAGAAUAUGUACGACGGCAUCAUACGAAAGACUCUCAAGCAGAAUGACAGCGAUGCCCUCAUCAACAGCGGCAACAACAGCAACAGCGGCCACGGCACUGGCAACGGCAAUGCGCUGCUGGAUCAGCUGCUGGUCAAGAAGACGCCGCUGCCAUUUACAAACAAUCGCAACAAUGAUUACAUCAACGCCACCUGCUCCAGCUCUGAGUCGAGUGUUAAGCGUCCGGGCAGCCCGCUGGGCGCCUAUGCGGAUAUUAAGCGCGAACGCCUUAGCCCCAUGCGCAGCACAGCGAGCGCCAGCAGUGACGAGGAACAGGAUGCCCACGUCACCACCAACAACAACAACAACAGCGAGCUGGCACACAAUAAGAACAACAAUGGCAAUGGCAACGGCCGCAGUCGCAUGACGUCGCGCGACUCCGAAACAGACGCCAGCAGCUUGAAGAGCGAACAGUCGCUUAGCUCCGCAGCGCAGCUGCACAAAAUGAUGGAUCUCAAUGGCAGCAGCAGUGUCAAGUAUGAGCGAGAGCCAACGACAGCAACAGCCGCGCAAUUGUCGCCAAACAAUUCGAUAUUGCAUGACAAGCUGGCACAGAUCAAGCCCGAACAGGGCGAGGAGCAGUUAUAGGUCAGGUGGCAGCCAGGUGACUGUCCCCAGCAGCAGCAGCAGCAGCAGCACCAGCAGCAACAUGUGGCACCAACAUUCGUGUGG